ACGGGAGCUUUCCUUGAAAUUUUUCUAAAAGUAGUCAAUUCUCCUCAUUUUCCUUCCAUUUCAAAGCGCUCUCUCUCACUCAGUCUUCUCUUUUUGGCUUAUCCAUCGCUUUGAUUUUGUUACCUGCUGUGCGCUCAAUGGCAAACCGAUGGUUGAGGCCUGAGGUGUAUCCGCUGUUCGCGGCCGUGGGUGUUGCUGUGGGCAUCUGCGGUUUUCAGUUGGUGCGUAAUAUCUGCAUCAACCCUGAAGUCAGGGUAAACAAGGAGAACAGGGCUGCUGGGGUUUUGGAGAACUUUGCCGAGGGAGAAAAAUAUACUGAACAUUUCUUAAGGAAAUAUGUCCGCAACAAGGCACCUGAAAUCAUGCCCGGUAUCAACAGCUUCUUCACCGACCCAAAGUGAGGCUUCACUUGGUUCAUGCUGAAACUAAAAACAAAGGGUUAGA